AUGAUGCCCCUCAAGAUGACUGAGAUGUGGACAACAAUGGGGUCAACCUUAGCUAGCUUCAUGUUCGUGUGGGCGAUCAUACAACAGUACUGUCCGUACGAGGUUCGACGUUUCCUAGAGAAGUACAUGCAUAGGAUCAUGAGUUACUUCUCCCCUUACAUUCGAAUCUCCUUCCACGAGUUCUUGGGAGAUAGGCUCAAGAGAAGUGAGGCUUAUGCAGCUGUUGAGGCAUACCUCAGUGCCAACACAUCAAAAAGCGCCAAGAGGCUCAAAGCUGAGAUGGGUAAGGAUAGUAGCAACUUGGUGUUGACUAUGGAUGAGUAUGAGAGAGUAACAGAUGAGUAUAAAAGUGCAAAAGUUUGGUGGGUUUGUAGCAAAGUUAUGUCACCAACUAGGUCCAUGUCUUAUUAUCAUCAAGAACAGGAGAAGAGGCUUUACAAGCUAACUUUUCAUAAGAAACAUAGGGACUUAAUCACUGAGUCAUAUUUGGAGCAUGUGAUGAGGGAAGGGAAGGAGAUUCGUUUGAGGAACAGGCAGAGGAAGUUGUAUACUAAUAGCCCUGGCUAUAAGUGGCCAAGUUAUAAACAAACUAUGUGGAGCCACAUUGUUUUUGAACACCCUGCAACUUUUGAAACAAUGGCUAUGGAGCCUCAGAAGAAGAAGGAGAUCAUUGAGGAUUUGGUCACUUUUAGUAAGAGUAAGGAUUUUUAUGCUAGGAUUGGUAAGGCAUGGAAAAGGGGUUAUCUUCUUUAUGGCCCUCCUGGUACUGGCAAGUCAACCAUGAUUGCAGCAAUGGCUAAUUUGUUGGCCUAUGAUGUUUAUGACUUGGAGCUAACUGCAGUGAAGGACAACACUGAGUUGAGGAAGCUUUUGAUUGAGACAACGAGUAAGUCUAUAAUUGUUAUUGAGGACAUUGAUUGCUCACUUGAUCUUACAGGUCAGAGGAAGAAGAAAUCAGACAAGUUGCAAGAUGAUGAGAAUGACAAGGUGAACUCUGAAGUUAUAAGGAAAGAAGCCAAAGAAGAAGGAAGCAGUGUUAGCAAAGUCACACUUUCAGGGCUGUUGAAUUUCAUUGAUGGGAUAUGGUCUGCUUGUGGAGGUGAGAGGUUGAUUGUGUUCACAACUAAUUAUGUGGAGAAGCUUGAUCCAGCACUUAUCAGAAGGGGUAGAAUGGAUAAGCACAUAGAAUUGUCCUAUUGCAGUUUUGAAGGGUUUAAAGUGCUUGCCAAUAACUACUUGAAGCUUGAGACUCAUCCAAUGUUUGACACAAUUCAGAGGCUAAUAGAGGAUAUCAAGAUCACACCAGCUGAUGUUGCUGAGAGCCUUAUGCCAAAGUCUCCAUUGGAUGAUGCAGAAAAGUGUCUUUCAAGCUUGAUUGAAGCUCUUGAGGAAACAGCAGCUGCUGCAACAAAAGCUGAGGAGCUGAGUCUUUGUAGUCCCAUUAAAGAAGAUGAGCAAUUGGAACAUAUUAGUCCCAUUAAGGAAAAUGGUGAGUUUCGAGGUGACAAAGAAACUGACCAAGCAAUGAACCAAAGCCAGCGAUAG